UUAAGGACAAAACUUCCUGCACGAGGAGACGCGUGCCAACCUCCAGUUUGACAGCAGUUUGAAGCGCAGAGAGCAACACAUCUUGAAAUUAUUGUCCCCAUCUUUUCGGAUUUCUACACAUUUUUGUAACCACGGCUUCAAAGGUGGACAACGUUUUCUCCGCUCUAUCCCUGCAUUUCUUCAAGAAAGAAAUGGAAGAGGGCUCCAGUUCCCCGCACUCCCCUGUGGAUAGUCUGGUGACCAGCGAGGAGGAGCUGGACAGGCAGCAGAAGCGCUUCGCGAGGAAGAGGAGACACAGUAAAAAGUCCUGCGAGGACAGCAGCGGCGGCAGCAGCCCGGGGCCGGGUAAACAGGGGAAGAAACCGAGUCCGAGCAGCACCCAGUCUUACGAGGAGCUGCAGAACCAGCGCGUUCUGGCUAACGUCCGGGAGAGGCAACGGACUCAGUCUCUGAAUGAGGCCUUUUCGUCUUUGCGCAAAAUUAUCCCCACCCUGCCAUCGGACAAACUGAGCAAGAUACAGACGCUGAAACUCGCCUCAAGAUACAUUGACUUUCUCUGUCAGGUGCUGCAGAGCGACGAGAUGGACAACAAGAUGUCCAGCUGCAGCUACGUUGCGCACGAAAGGCUCAGUUACGCAUUCUCAGUGUGGAGGAUGGAGGGUGCCUGGUCUAUGUCAGCAUCUCACUAGCACCCAGAGAGCUUCACUUACUAUGCCAAAGCGACUGUUUACUUCUACAAAUUAUGAAGACCAAAGGGAUUAUUGAAGAACCCAUCGACCUCAAAGGCAUGGCGGAGAGACGUAAUGUGACCCACAACUACAAACUCUGAGGAUGUGUGUGUGUGUGGAUGCAGAUUCAUCACACUGCUUCUGACUGUCCGGAGUUGUUUGUGGCAGAGAAGAGGAAAAACUCACAGAGCUGUAAUGUAUAAAGACGAAUAGCUCGGCCGAAGCCAACAUUAAAUAGAAGGAGAUAUAUUUUGUUUUCAAAAGACUUUAAACCAAAGUAUAAAUUUAUAUAUAAAUGAAUGCAUAUUGUACAUACAUGUGUAAGUGCGCCUGUAGCCUGUAAAGGGACCAAUGCAAUUUACAGACGUUUGCUGCAUGGAUCUAUUUCACCGGCUUUCUUUUGCAAGUCUCCAAACUCCGUCCAAUGUACAUUUUUGUUUUUGCUUUAUUUAUUAAAACACAUAUUUUUGAAA